CUGGAGGAGAAGAAGAAAGAUCUGGUUUGAAGCUUUUUAUGAGUUUGUUUGGAUUUUGAGUCGUUUAUUUUGAAACCGUGAAUGCCGUUUUCUGGAGAAGGAGCCGCCACGGGAUAUAGCUAUAUCUCCGUAAUGUUUUCAUUAAUUUGGUAUCAACAGAAAUGGACAAGAGUCGAGACGUGAGGCGUGGAAUGACUCGGUUCUCGCAACAACAGAUUAAUAAUACCAACAAGAAGCAACAACAAUCUCGACCCAACACUUCCUUUGGUGGCGUUGGCGUAGCUGGUGCUGGAGACUACGUUUCUUUAGAGAAAGCGAAGAAAGAGAAAAUUAGAAGAUUGAGUUGCUUUAGUGGUCAUAGAGAAAGUCCAAGAUCCGGUCCCAAUAGCUGCCCACACUGUGAGACUGAAAUCGGUAGCUCUUGUUGCUGUGAUUUGUCUUCUGAUAAUAGAGAAAAUCACUGCCCUUCACAUUCACUACCCUUUUCUUCUCCAAACACUAGUUCUGCCAACAAUAUGUUUAAGAUACCCAAAAAGUUCUUUUAUGACUGCAAUGUCGUUAAUCACGCCUAUGUUCCACGGAAGCUACGGUCAGCCAUGAAGAAGCGCAGUCGCGAAUCUAUUUCUUCAAUUACACGUUAG